GCCCAGCCGAGCCGAGCCCACGUGUGAGGAGGCUCCGGCCGCUGCCCGGCUUCUCUCGCGCGCUGCCCUCAGCCAGCCCGAGGGAGGGAGCGAGGCAGGCAGGCAGGCGGGGCGGGGGGCGCGCGGCGGGGGGCGCUCCCGCUCGGCUCGCCACUCGCCUUCUCCGCAGCCAUGGAGGCGGACGGCGGCCAGGCGGGCUCCGGGAGCCCCAACGACGCGCAGCACGACCCGGGCAAAAUGUUUAUCGGCGGCCUGAGUUGGCAGACCUCCCCAGAUAACCUUAGAGAUUAUUUUAGCAAAUUUGGAGACAUUAGAGAAUGUAUGGUGAUGCGAGACCCAACUACAAAACGUUCCAGAGGCUUUGGUUUCGUUACAUUUGCAGAUCCGGCAAGUGUAGAUAAAGUAUUAGCUCAACCCCAUCAUGAAUUAGAUUCCAAGACGAUUGAUCCUAAAGUUGCGUUUCCCCGACGAGCUCAACCUAAGAUGGUCACGAGAACAAAGAAAAUAUUUGUAGGUGGAUUAUCUGCUAAUACAGUAGUGGAAGAUGUAAAGCAAUACUUUGAACAGUUUGGCAAGGUAGAGGAUGCCAUGCUUAUGUUUGACAAGACCACCAACAGACAUAGAGGAUUUGGCUUUGUAACUUUUGAGAAUGAAGACGUUGUUGAAAAAGUCUGUGAAAUCCAUUUUCAUGAAAUCAAUAAUAAAAUGGUGGAAUGUAAGAAAGCACAACCUAAAGAAGUGAUGUUUCCACCAGGGACGAGAGGAAGGGCUCGAGGAUUACCAUAUACCAUGGAUGCUUUUAUGCUAGGGAUGGGAAUGUUGGGUUACCCUAAUUUUGUUGCGACCUAUGGCCGAGGAUAUCCUGGAUUUGCCCCCAGUUACAGUUAUCAAUUCCCAGUGCUUACCGUGGGAUCUGCAAUCAAACCCAGUUACCCAGCCCUAUUACCAUAUUUAAAUGCAAGUUUUCCAGCAGCAGCCUAUGGACCAGUAGCAGCGGCGGCAGUGGCAGCAGCGAGAGGAUCAGGGAUCCCCGAUUACGGUUUCUAUUCUCCGCCCGGUGACCAACGGGCUCCGUUAUCGUACGCGGAUUAUGGUUCCAUGGGUCCUCGGGUGGCUCAGAUGCUUCGUAGCGAGCACCCUGCAUCAGCGAGUAACUCCCCCCUCCACCACCUUCCCAGCCCGGAUCAAUUUAAGAGCCCAGUCUUGAAUAGCUACAGUGCUCAACCGAAUUUUGGCGCACCUGCUUCCCCGGCAGGCUCCAACCCAGCCCGGCCAGGAGGAUUUCCAGGGGCAAACAGCCCGGGGCCCGUUGCAGACCUCUAUGGUACAGCCAGUCAAGACUCCGGUGUUGGUAACUACAUAAGUGCUGCCAGCCCCCAGCCUGGUUCCGGCUUUGGGCAUGGAAUCGCCGGGCCUUUGAUUGCAACGGCUUUUACCAAUGGAUACCAUUGAAACGUUACACAGGGUUGGUUGCCAUCUCACUUGGAGAGUGUAUCUGGAUGUCCAGGCAAGACAGGGAGAAGUUUCUAAAUGGUCCCAUGUUUAGGUGAUCCAUUAGCAGACUCUGAGCGUUACGUCAUCACCAAAUAAUCCACACAAACUGGAGGUGGCACUCAACAGACUUGGUUGUCCAAAAUCUCUAUCAUCUCAUGAACCUGCUGUACUAUAUAGAACAACAGCUUUUUAAAAAAUGUGUAUAUAUAAUCCAUUUGUUCAUUUUAUUAUUUUUCUUGAUGGGUUUUUCUUCCCUUUUAAAUCCUUUUAAAUUUAUUUUAGUUGCUUUUUAGUAGUGUUUUGAUAUAGGCUUGUAGUCAUGUAGGUUACUUUGUGUAUUUAGGAAAAGCCUAACCAUAAUAUAACUGUUUAUAUAUUAAGGGUUUCUUUGCUUUGCUUUCUGAUUUCCCUCCCUUUUUUUCUUUCUUUAGCUUUAAGUAAUUUUGUUGCUUAAUGAGAAAGCUGAGAUGGUAACACAAUUCUCAGUUGACUGGUACCAAUUCUGAAGCUGAAAAAACCUUUUAAGGUGGAAUUUAGCACACACUGAAUUUAGAAGUAGAGCGAAGACCAGUGAGCAGAAAUGUUCUAUUUUAUGCUGUAUGGGGAAUGGGAGGCUGGCUCGGUAGCAAGGUCUCUAGCAGUUCUUUAUCUUAGUUAACCUAAUUAUAUCUAUUUUCGGCAAUAAGGUAAGGACAACAAAGUUUUUUGUGUCCUUUUUCUAUAAGUGCAUUUUUUUGUUGAAAAAGAAGUGAUAUAAGAUUUUUUGAAAUUGUGAAUUCUGAAAAAAAAAUACUGUAAAUACAAUUCCAUUAACUUGCAUAUUAAUUAACUUACAAAAGGAGAAAAUGCAUAAUAUUUUUGUGAUGGAGCCAGACUAAGGCAGUUUCUGUACGGAAUGGCAGAAAAUAGUGAAGAUUUGAGGUGCAUAACCCAGCAGGAUAUUUCUCUGCUCCUGCUUCUUUGGAAUGAACGGAAGAUGUGCCACUGCUGUGCCCCUGCACAACUUCCAUUCAUCUUUGCUAGCACAUGCGCAGACAACAUUGCUGAUGGGUUGUGCCCUCCCAUUGUAAACGCUGAGCUCAGCUGCCAGAGCUGGCCCGUAGCAGUUAGAUCCACACUGUUUAGCUUGUUCUGUAGGGGUUAGACCUUAGAACUGUAUUAGCGUCAUACCAGCAUAUUUAACUAGACACCUGUGCACAGCUUAACAAGUAACAGUCUAGUUACAUUUUAAUUUAUAAAACACACACAACUGCUUUUCUCGUAACUGAAAAAGCUACAAUUUUAAUAUUUAAAAGGUAUUUAAAGUUUCAAGCACACUUGUUUUUAGGGAUUUAGAUCACCUGACUGUCCCACCAUUUCAGCUGCCCCGUGUCUCCUACAGCGCACUGACCAGGACGAGCGUUGCCUUGGGUGCUCCCAAGCUGUGGGAGGGGGGGCAGUGUUAAAGCUUGCAUCCUCUCACCUUGUAUCCAUCCUUUCCUAUAUUAACAAAUUAGGGAAAGCAAAGGGUUUUUUAAAAUUUUGUUCUUAAUACCUCAGUGCUACAAGUUAUCACCCUAGAUGCAGGAGAAGAUUUUAAUUUAUUGUAGAUGAAAACAGAAUGGGGAAAAAUGUAUAAAACAUCAUUGCACUGUGAGUGGUAGGGAGAACUGACAAUUUCCUAUUUGCACAUGUUUAAUGUUUGGCUGUUAUAUAUAUGGUCCUCUGCUGGGGAGGAGACUUAUGAAGGAUAUUUUUUAAUUUAAUUUUUUUAAAUAUGGGUCAAUAGGCCGGCAACAGCAACUCGAAGUACAAGACAGUAGGUGAUAAUACAAGCAUAACUAUAGUGUGGAUAUAUUCUUUUUUUUAACAUUAAUAUUGACAAGUUUUAUUAAUAUUUUUUAAAAUUGUUACGUUUAUAAAUUUGGUACUCUAGGUACAGCCAGAAUAAGACACUGAAUGCGACAUUUGUUAAGAGAGAAAAAAAAUCGCUGCUGCACUCCUAUUUUUGUAAAUUUUACUAAUGAGUAGGCUAACGUAGACAUUCUGUAGACAAUUUACAGCGAGGCAUCUGUUAACACUCACCGAAGCACCAUAAUGCUAACUGAAAGGAGGAAAAAAACCCCUCAUUUUCCUUGUUUUUAAAACCAACAAAGCAAAUCAUGGGGAGGUUUGAUUAUCAUAUUAAUGCUUUAGGUUUUAUUUUCUUAUUUCAAAACAACCAGGUUUAAAAGCCAGAAUGCUGGACGCUUUUUAAAAUACUGAGACUUGAUCAAGUAAUACACUAAAAAGACAAAAAAAAAGUUCUUUACAAAUAAAUUAACUGCAAACCAAAAUUCCCUGAUAGUCAGUGUGUAAUAGGGUUGCCAAUCUCCAGGUGGGACCUGGAGAUCCCAGAAUUAUAACUGAUGUCCAAACUACAGAGAUUUGUUCCCCUGGAGGCUACGGCUGCUUUGGAGGGUGGCCUCUAUGGCACUAUGCCCUGCUGAGGUCCCUCUCCUCCUCAAACUCCACCCUCCCCAGGCACCACCCUUAAAUCUCCAGGAGUUUUCCAACCUAGAGCUGGCAACCCUAAACGGGGGGGUGGGCAGGGAAUUUUUUUUUAAUUACUCUUUGAUCAAUGUAGAUGACAUCAGAGUACAACCACCAGGAACUUGUCUGGCGGAAGCCCAUUUCCAAUGACUGAGAGCCCCCCCCCCCCAGGCUCUGAAAGGCUCCCAUUCAUUUUAAUGGUCUUUCCCGGGAGAAAAGUUCGGGGGAAAUUUGUGCCUGUGCUGUAUACUACCAUGUGUUCCUCCUCAUUCAUUCCCUGUCACCUCAUAGAAUAUUCUUUGUUGAUCAUUGUUGUAUGUUAAUAAUGUAUAAAAUGACUAUCUUGUAAGAGUCCUGUCCUAAUGCCAGUGUAGUGACACCCACCCACCCGACCCUUCUCUUUUCUUCCUCUUCUAGUACAUAUUGGUAGUUGUAUCGUAAUUAAGGUUAAAUACAUAGAUGUAGUUAUUCAGAUUUAGGACCAGUAAGGAUAGAACUUUCUCUUAUUUAAGACAAAAAUAAUCGCUAAUAAUUUUGGGCAGGUUUAAAAAAAAAUAAUUUAAAUUUUCUGUUUGUUUGUUUUUCUUUCUGCUGAUCUCAUGUGGUUUCAACUAACCAAAGGUCUCACAAUGUUUGAAAGAAAAUGCUUGCACCGCUCUUGCAGCAUUUUGUAGAUCCCCACCCUUUGACUUUUAUCAAGAGGGUGUGCCAUACUACCUUAAAUGCUAACGCUAGAUAUGCAAAACUGGGUUUUUUUAAUUUAUUUUUAAAAAAUAAAAAAGAGGGAGGCAUGGUAUAAUAAAAUGAUUUUACUAAGAGAAAAAAAUAUUUUUUUAAAAAAAAGAGUGGUCAGAAGAAAAUUGCUAUCCUGUGUGAAUAUGUUUUAGAUGUUUCUAUACCUUUUUUAAAAAGCCCCAGUGGCCCAUAGCACAACUCUUGUGGAAACUGGUGUUUCCGGAGUGGCUUCCUGGACUAAGGCUCACUUUCGUUCCCUCAUUCAUCUAGAAAUCCAUAUGGAAGGAUUUGAGAUUUGUUUAGUUUUGGAAAUCAAUUUUAGCACAGAAGGCUCAGCUAUCUCUUGAUUUUAGUCAAGCACAGCCGGUCAAAUGCUUCAUACCAGCAUCUUGUUUUGUCCCAAACUUCCCCUUAUAAAUAUUGCCUUGGAGUUAGCAAAAAACCAAAACGUUUGAGCUGAAUGGUGCAAACAGGGAUUGACAAGCACCAUUGAUGGGGGGAGGUGUCUGUAUCUAACCCCAGAUACUUUGUACACCUCCAUGAAUAACAAUAAAAUGCUGUUUUGUGCCUCAAGAUAAAUUCCCACUGGUAAAACAACAUUGUGAAACCCAAGCACCAUGAAAUGCAACGGAAAUCCCACCCUUUUUUCAAAGGAACUAGGAUUUCAAAUGGGUCUGGACGUUUGAAAAGAUCUUAGGAGGAAACUCUGGCAGGCUUCUUCUUUUUGUUUGUUUGGUUUGUUUGCUUGCAACUGACUUGGACAGGGGCAGAAUUUUUCCUGCAAGAGAAUGAAGUGUUUCCAUCAGUCUCUUGCUUGCUUUUUCUGCCAAAGGAAAAAAGAACACACACACACACACACACACACACAAUCCAAUCUUGAGUCAAAACUGACUUGAUUAAAAUGAAGAGCAACCUGUUCCUUUUGUUUUCUGUUCUGCAUAUUGUUCAUUUUAAUUUGAAUCUGUAGCUUGGACUUUAAGGUAGCAUGGCUCUGUUGCUGUCAUCCCCCCCCCCUCCCCUUGUACAGCAGUAUAUACACAAGCUGAUGAAUGUCAUACAUCACACUAGGCUAGUCAAAUCAUUGGGUAAUUGUUGGUAACAAGAAGGACCUGAAAGGUGUUCAGACUUUUAUUUUCUCUCUUCUCCAAAACGGCUGUUAAAGCCGCACGGCUCUUUCGAUCCAGAGGGUGAAUGAGGGCUACUGACACCAGCCAGCAACACCAACCUGUUUCAUUUGCCAUCCAAUUCAAUGCAACAUAAAACAAGAAUAAAGCAAUAUAGUUUACUGUUUUUUUUCUUGAAGGUCAGCCAUGUUUGUGUAUCAUAUAUUGCAUAUGAAAUUGUUUACAAAAACACUAACUAGUUAUUUUUUACUCUGGGGUGUAUUUGUUUUGAAAGGUUUCCUUUUCGUUUUGUGUUUGAGUUUGUUGUUUUUCUGAAAAGCAAAAUGGUUGGAAAAGCAAACUGAAGCUGGUCUAACUAUGUUUUGAGUGACAGGGGGCCUUAGACACACUGGCAGAUUCCCCAAAAUCUGCAUCGACACACUGUAGAAUUUCAUAAGUGUGCAGAAUCUGAUUUCACUCCAUUACUCUGUGUGUGCAAACACUACAUGAGAUUCUGCAAGCUAAGCAAUACUUUAAUACUGUAAUUAAAAAAUUACCAAAAACGUAAAAAGUGAGUUAAAAAUCACAGUGAUCUGUUCACCAGUUACCAAACAAUCAGAAUGUAUUGUCUUGACAGAAUUUUUGUUUCAGACAAAAAAAAGCUGAAGUCACCUGUGCCCUAUAAGCUGUGCUCUGUACAUGCUCCAACACCACCACUCGUGCGGAAUGUGACUGUCAUUCUGAAUUCUAGCUGUAGCAAAUACUCCCACCGUAUGUGUUGUACACGUUUUUGAAUUCCAUCAGUAACCCAAUGCGAAGUCUCAGCGUUUCAGGUGGUUCUCAAUGUACUUCCUCAACAAUGACACAGUGGCCAAGCCUAGCCCCCUUCCUUUUAUAUUUUAGUAUGAAACUGAUGCGAACUUUGGUAGUGACUUUUUAUAUACAUAUAUAAAUAUAUAUAUACAUACAUAUAUAUAUAUACGUGUAUCUAUAUAUAUCAAGCAUCUUUCAGGUCUCUGUGUAUGGCUUUCCGAAGCCCUGUUGUAAAAUACUACAUGGAUGGGGGUCUCUCACAUCACAGAUGUGGAAAGUAUAAUUUUAUAUUUGUAUUUUCAAAUAAAUAAGUUUGUGAAAGGUUUCCAUCCUCUACUGUGGUCCAGAAAAUCAAUGUGUUUGUCUCAGAAAAAAUAAAAAAAAAAUCUGUUUUGAA